AUGGCAACUCCAGAAGAAGCGGAGAGGAUUGUAAAGGAGGUGAAGGAAUAUUAUGGAUAUUUGGACCAUGACAUGAUGGACGAUAUUGGCCGGUUCAACUCCGACUAUCGUCGAAGGAUUGAUGAAAAUUGGCUCAAGAUGGAGAACGCCGCAUCGCAUUCCAUCAAAGUUUUAGCAAGAAACAUUUACGGCAGCGGUGCUCGAUUCGUGUUCGAGCUUCUCCAGAAUGCCGAUGACAAGAAUGAUCCCUCGUUUAUCUCCUUUCAGAUCCACCCGAAACACAUCGUGGUUGAGUGCAACGAGGACGGAUUUACUAGUCUGGAUCUGAAGGCGAUAUGCUCUGUCGGAGAAAGCACCAAGACUGCAAAACAUGGAUAUGUAGGUGCCAAAGGCAUCGGCUUCAAAUCCGUGUUCAUCGCUGCAUCUCGCGUGCACAUCCAGUCCAGAAAUUACUCGUUUGAGUUCCGACAUAAUAGGAACGACCCGGGUCUCGGAAUGGUAAGGCCCAUCUGGGUGAAGCCGACGGAAACGAUUCCUAGUCCUCUCACUCGCACAACACUUUAUUUACAUGAUCGAGGUGACGAGGAUGAGAUAGAGCAUCUUAAGACGGUCAUUAUCAUGCAGUUCGACGACCUUCAGGAGACACGUCUCCUUUUUCUACGAAAACUGAGAAAUAUUCAGCGGUCAAAGCAGUUUACGAAAAAGAAGAUCGACGACUGCCGUAUCUCUUUAGAAACUGCGGUAGCUUCAGCGGACAAAUCCUCUACGACAAGCCAAAUGUAUCACAUUACGAAGCAGUUAGCCACCCGCCUAGCGCAGAGCGAGAGUCGCGAUGCUGCCACCACUGAGGAGGCACGGAAAAGCCUCACUUCUGCGGAAGUUGUCUUGGCUUUUCCACUAAGAAUUGAUUACCAGUCUUAUAUUUCUACAAGAAAACAAGAACUCUUUGCCUUUCUGCCUCUCAGGACUUCAGGCUACAAGUUUCACAUCCAGUCAGACUUUGAUACAAAUGCCAACCGGCAGGAUAUCGUGACUACGACAAAGAGGAGUCUGAAAAUUCGUGAUUGA